AUGAGAAUGAAAGCAUCUAURAUGUAUAGUCCAAUGUUAAGACGACCUGACAACUAUUCUAAAACAGAAAUGGAAAUGGCGGCGAACGAUCUUUCUGUGGCAAUGAAAACAGGAAAUAUCAUUAGUGAAGAAGAAAAUUCUAGUAAUUUUCAUGCACUUUAUCAAAAAAACAUGAAAAAAAGUACUGAAAAUAAAGAUUCUGCAUGGGAUAAUAUUAUAAUGUCUGCAAUUGACAAUAAUUUAUUGUGCAACAUCUGUUUUGAAAUCUUUAUAAAGCCGACCGUACUUAACUGUUCACACACGUUUUGUGAAUCAUGUAUUCAUGUUUGGACAAUCCGYGUCAUAAAUUGUCCAAUUUGUCGUGUGGAAGUCAAAUCAAAAUCAUAUUGUUUAACUCUAGAAACCUUCAUAGAGAAUAUUGUUGAACAUUUGCCGAAGGAAUUUAAAAUUAAGCGCGAAGCAGYAAUAAAAGACCGAAACAUGAUGAAAAUCAAAAAACCUCAACGAGUGAACCACAGGGUGGAUCGAAACGUUCAUUUAAAUGCAGACAUUAGUGUCAACGAACUGGAAAUGUUCAGAAUGAAUUCACAUGAUACAGUUGUAAACACUAGAGGUGUAAACCAUCAUCUAGCGAGUUAUUUUGUUGAUCCCGAGGAACAAAUCUCAAAUAGACGCAGUAGAAGAUCUGAAGAUCAUUUAAGGAGGAGGCGAUUUAGUAUCAUAGAUUGA